AUGGACGGAAUGCCUACAGAACCGGAAUACAGGGAGGAGAAUGUCAUCACACAGUCGAAGGAGUCAAGCGAUGUGGAGGCUAUCACACUGCCUCUGCAUUCGCGUUGUGUGGGCAAGCCAGGGACGGAGUCGUACUUUUGUCAGUGCGAAAGGCCCUUCGUGGAGGACAUCAGUCUGGCCGCGUCCAACUGUCUCCUUCAGGUGGGCUCCUGCGACUCCAAACUCUGUGUUCAUGGCGUCUGCGUGACCACUGCCAAUCAGCGGGGCAUGGCGGUCUGCAUGUGCUACGCUGGAUACAUGGGACCACAGUGCAAUCAAAAGGUCGAGGCCUGCCCACCGCGACUGGGUAAGGACUGUCCAAUAACAUUUUUGUUGGGGGAGAACUACACAGAUGUUGGAGUGGAUGACCAGUCCUUCUCUUUCGUGAGCCUCUUUGAUGUCUCCAAUCCAGACGUGAUUAGAUUACAAACAUUUGCUGCUACCUGCGCCGUCCUCCUCAUCACUUUCAUUCAAAUCCUGCGGUGUGUCACCUUCAUGCUUGUGCUCUGA